AGUCAGUCGGCUGCAGAAGUCGAAGUAGAGUAGAUACUAUUUUUGGUUAGUGCUCGAUUAGUCGCUCCUCCGGUGUGAACGACGUUAGAUUUCACCUGGAGUACCUGUAAAUUUCUAUUCAUGUAACUAGAGGAACAAAUUUUGCGUAUAUAAAUCUGUGUUUAUUCUGAGGAAGUGCCUAUUCCAACAUUUUUUGUCAAUUGUUGGAACAAGCCCAUUAGGUGACGUAGUGUUUAAAGCUGUUUGAAGCAUUUGCAUUUGCGCUCGAGUGUCACUGGUAAAAAAUUAAGUUGGUGGUUAACCAUGCCGUCGUCGUCUUCGUCGGUGGAGGUAAAUGCAGAUCUUCAGAAUGAACGCAACAAGUGUAGCUUCAACAAGGAAGAGUUCACGCUAUGGUGGGUUGGCGGAGAGGAUCAACUGAGGCAAAAACGAUCAAGAGAAAAGUUCUUCAUCAGUCAACCGGAGUUCCAAGACGAGGUGCCGCUACAUUUCGCCUCCCACAAGGAAGUCUACGAGCAGUCGCUCCGGAAAGCCACGGUUAUAUUUACCAAAGUCAAAAAGCUUCUCCAAGACGAGGGCAAAUACGAUGCGAAAAAUUAUGUAUACCAUUUGGAUACGCUACUAGGUGAUGGCUUCAUCAAGGAGGGAAAUCCGUUGCGAGUUCAUUUCUCGAUGUUUGUUCCGGCCAUCCAGGGUCACGGAAGCCCGGAACAGCAAAGUCAAUGGUUGAAGCCGGCAAUGGACUGUCAAAUGGUCGGGUCCUAUGCUCAAACCGAACUUGGACAUGGAACUUUCCUUCGAGGGCUGGAGACUACUGCCACUUUCGAUGAACGGACCGAUGAAAUCGUGAUCAACAGUCCCACGAUCACGGCUUACAAGUGGUGGCCGGGAGGAUUGGCGCAAACUGUGAACUACUGCAUUGUGAUGGCCCAGCUGUAUUCAAACGGAAAGUGUCACGGAAUUCAACCGUUCUUGGUACCGCUACGUGACCUGGAAACCCAUAUGCCUCUACCGGGAAUUGAUAUUGGAGAUAUAGGCGAUAAGAUUGGUUACAAGGGUGUCAACAAUGGAUACUUGGGAUUCAAGAAUAUCCGUAUUCCAAGAACUAACAUGCUCAUGAAGAACGCUAAACUACUGCGAGAUGGAACCUUCGUGAAACCAGUUUCAUCGGUUCUGACCUAUGGAACUAUGGUUUUUGUGAGGGUUUUGAUUGUGAAGAAUAUGGCUCAACAUCUGGCCAAGACUGCAACAAUUUCUGUCCGUUACUCCUGCGUACGAAGACAGAGCUGCAUUAACCCUGGUCAACCAGAAGUCCAAGUCAUCGAUCACUUGACGCAACAGGCCAAACUUUUGCCAUUGGUAGCAAAGUCAAUAGCUCUAAAACUCACUGCCGAUAACGUCUGGGAUUUGUACCAGAAUCUACAGCUGGCGCUGGAAUCCAACGGCGGUGGUUUGGAACAACUUUCGGAACUCCAUGCACUCAUCUGUAGUUUGAAGGCAGUCUCCACAACCGAUACGGCAACCGGUAUCGAAGUCUGUCGACUUGCCUGUGGGGGCCACGGUUAUUUGAGCUGUUCAAACUUUUUGACCUUUUACGGUGUCGCAACUGCUUCCUCUACCUAUGAAGGAGAAAAUACAGUGCUUUACCUCCAAACGGCUAGGUACUUGGUCAAGGUUUGGAACCAAGCCUGCGGCAACAAAAAACUUAUGCCAUCGGUUCAAUACCUAGCCGAUUACGCUACUAAACCCACUGCCAAACGGUUCCCCUGGAGCGAUUCGGUUCCGGUUGUGAUCGCUGCAUUUCAGGCCAUCACUUCUAACAAGCUACGGGUAGCUUGUGAUCAUCUCGAACAACGCAAAAAGGCCGGUUACACCCAUGAAGAGGCUGUAAACAAGACUGCCUUGGAGUUGGUACGUGUUGCUGAAUUACACGGACGAGCUUUCAUUCUGAGCUCCACUUGGGAAAUGAUUCAGAAGGCGAAUCAAACCGCAAGUCCGCAGCUGGUCAAGGUUUUGAGGGUUCUCUGUGAGUUAGUGGUGUACGAUGAAGCCUUGAAAGCUACUGGGGAUUUGCUGCGGUUCACAACGAUGUCCGAAACGGACCUGAUUCACUUGCAGAGGAAGUACGAGGAAGCGUUGAGCAUUUUGCGGCCAGAUGCCGUUUCGAUUGUGGAUGCAUUCGACUAUCCCGAUUUUGUGCUCGGUUCGGCCCUAGGAGCCUACGAUGGAAACGUGUACGAGCGGCUGUUUGAGGAGGCCAAAAAAAGUCCGCUGAAUCAGGAACCGGUCAACAAGACGUUCGAGAUGUACCUCAAACCGAUGAUGCGGCGAGCCAAGCUUUAAAAACCAGGUUGCAAAGCAACAGCAGCUAUAUCCAUACUCAUAUCCCAGGGAUUUCGGUGCAAUACAAUACAAGGUUAGGUAGGUUGUUUGUUUUUUUUUUGUUUUGUUUAUUUCAAAUUUUGUUAUCUUUAUUAUUAAACAUUAAUAAUGCAGAAAAAA